CUGGAGGGCGAGCUGCGCGCGCACGCCAAGCGCCUGCGCGCCGAGCACGAGCGCGACCUGCGCCACUUCCGCGACACGCUCAAGCAGGAGCUGCGCCUGCUCAAGCAGGAGGUCGAGCUGCUCGCCAAGGAGCGAAGGAAGGAAACGUACCGACAAAGGCGGGCGCGUUUGGACGCCGAGCAUGCGGAGAGGGAACGCGCGUUCGUAGCGGCACUUGCCGAUUCGGCCGACGCGGUUCUUCGGCGAGUGCACGAGCAUCAUCGAGAGAGACAAGCGCUCGCCGACAGGCAGUACUUGCAGCAACGGCAGCAGAUAAUGAGGACCCGGGAAGCGGCGUUGUGGGAGCUGGAGGAGAAACAGAUCCACGAGAGACACCAGCUCGCCAAGCGGCAGCUCAAGGACGAGUUUCUAUUGAGGCGGCAUCAGAUGCUAGUGCGGCACGACAAAGAGUUAGAGCAGAUCAAAAGGAAGAACAGCCGCAAGGAGGAAGAGCUGGCCAAGUGCCAAGCGCUGGAGAAGCGGUCGCUGCCGAAGCGGAUCCGCGCCGAGCAGAAGGCGCGCGAGAUGAUGUUCCGCGAGUCGCUUCGCAUCGCCGGACCAACGGGCCCCGCGGCACACGAGGACGACCGCGAGAGGCUCAAGAAGUUCCAGGAGAAUGAGAAGCGAAGGUAUAGAGCUGAACAGCAGAGGUUGGCGACAAAGCACGCCAAGGCGAAGGAAGAACUCAAGGCUGCAGGAGAGGCUCUCCUCAGGGAACUGGAACAGUACCAGAAUGAGAAGCGCAAGGCUCUCAUGAACCACGAGAGCAACAAGAUGAAGGCCGUCGAGGAGAGAUACGCUCUCGAGCUGAAGGAAUGGAGGGCCACCCUCGGAGAUAGGAAGUUGAGCCUCCUUAAAAUCUUCGAGAAGCAACUAGAUGACCACGAGAAAAAGUACGGCCGGCCCAUACCCGACAGGUCUUUGUACCUCGACGUGCCCUGGCCUAGGAACGUUCUCCAACAUGUGUUGAGCGCUUACCAACAGAGGACCUCUUUCAUUGGGUCGCUAUCACGGUCCAGGACCAGUCUCAACCUGACACUCUCCACGUCUAACACGCCCAACAUGGAUAGGAGACGCAGCAUCAGUCCCACCGACUACAGGAUCACCAAGUCGGCCGUGACAGGCACCAGUAGUACCUCCAGGAGGGGCAAACUCACCGAGCCUCAAAGAUACGGGUCCACGUCGAAUUUGAAGCUGGUGUCCGAAAAGAUAUCCGGGUUCUCGGUGUUCCGCCAAUCGGACGAUUUCCGACGCGAACCGAUCAUGGCGUACGGUUCAGAUAUGUCCGAGAACGAACACCGUCAACAGGAUCGAAGAGGAACCGAGAAGGAGUCUCGAAAGGUCCAAACCGGUCGACAGGGUGCCCACUUCGGCCAGAAACUUAAGUCCAACAAGGGUCGAUAA